GGAUUUAAGUGAAUAGUGCAGAUGCAGAUGAUAAGGAAAAUUUCAGGGAUAUCUAGAUCUCCAAUAAUUAAUCUCUAUAUAACACAUGGAAUAUGUGUUGUCCUCAAAUAAACUUUUUGUUUUUUGUAAUCUUGUUAUUCAGUAUUUUUUGUUGCUCUGUCUUGCAUUCUUAAAUGGCAUACAGAGGUGAAGAUGAGCUUCUGAGCCAGAAGUUGUUACAGGAGAAAGGCCGGGCGGUGGUACAGAGAAAUGAUCAGGCAAAUAUUUUUCCGCGAUUCUGGAUUGAAUCGCGGAAGUUAUGGCAGAUCACAGCCCCGUCGAUCUUCAGCCGUGUUGCAGCUGCUACCAUGAAUAUUGUUACUCAGGCUUUUGCUGGCCAUCUUGGUGAGGUUGAGUUGGCUUCAAUCUCGAUUGCUAAUACUGUCAUUGUUGGCUUCAAUUUCGGCCUCCUGCUAGGGAUGGCGAGUGCACUGGAGACGUUAUGUGGACAAGCUUUCGGAGCCAAGAGAUAUAGCAUGAUGGGGGUAUACAUGCAAAGAUCAUGGAUUGUACUCUUCUUUUGCUGCUUUCUGUUAUUACCUUUAUACGUUUUCGCCACUCCAGUUUUGAAGCUCAUGGGACAGCCUGACGACGUUGCUGAACAAUCCGGAAUAGUGGCUGUAUGGUUGAUUCCGUUGCAUUUCAGUUUUGCCUUUGUGUUUCCGGUCCAGAGGUUCUUGCAGAGCCAGCUGAAAGCUAAUGUGACAGCCUGGAUUUCACUGGUAGUGUUUAUCAUCCAUGCUUUCAUUAGCUGGCUCUUUGUGUACCAGUUAGAGCUCGGAGUUAUUGGAAUUGCCCUUACUCUGGAUGUGGCGUGGUGGCUAUUGGUUGCAUUUCAAUUUGGAUAUGUCUAUUGGGGCUGGUGUGGGGAAACAUGGUCUGGUUUUUCAAUGGAAGCCUUUUCCGGCCUAUGGGAAUUCGUCAAACUCUCUGCAGCAUCUGGAGUUAUGCUCUGCCUGGAGAAUUGGUACUACAGAAUCCUGAUACUGAUGACCGGAAACUUGGAGGAUGCUACUCUGGCCGUGGAUGCAUUGUCGAUAUGCAUGAGUAUCAAUUCAUGGGAAAUGAUGAUUCCUCUUGCGUUCUUCGCUGCAACCGGAGUGAGAGUUGCUAAUGAGCUCGGUGCUGGAGACGGAAAAGGAGCACAAUUUGCAACAAUUGUUGCAGUCCUACAUUCGACCAUCAUCGGUCUCAUAUUUGCUAUACUUAUUAUGAUAUUCCGAGUUCCAUUGACAAUGAUCUUCACCUCAAGUCCUGAUAUCCUCAACGCGACUGAGAAGCUAACUUAUCUCCUGGCCUUCACUAUACUUCUAAACAGCGUUCAACCUGUUUUAUCUGGUGUGGCCGUGGGAUCAGGCUGGCAAUCCAAAGUUGCUUACGUAAAUUUAGGCUGCUACUAUCUUAUCGGAAUCCCCCUUGGAAUUAUUCUUGGUUGGGUUUUCCACCUCGGUGUAGGGGGAAUCUGGGGAGGGAUGAUAUUCGGAGGAACUGCGGUGCAGACCAUAAUAUUGGCCAUCAUGACAAUACAGUGCAACUGGGAACUCGAGGCUGAAAAAGCUGUGAACCAUAUAGAGAAGUGGUCACGGAUUCGAUCCAAUGAUGAACAACAAGAAUUGCGAAAAUAGUCCAACUGGCUGCAGAGAGAACAGAAAGAUCAUGUUUUUGCAGUUCAUGUACUACCUGCAUGGACAAUAAGAAAUUUACAUUCACUGUUUUGAAAGGUUAUAGUUAGCUGAUGGAUUGACAAAUUGCCCCUCGCAAGUUUAAGGUUUAGUCUGUAACAUUACCAAAAUUUGAAAGAACUCGGGCAAUAUUUAUCAAAUAGAAUGACAGUUUUAUAA